CCGGGGCCACACGGACCUCAGGGAAGGGAAGGUGUAAAAGGACAAAUUGGUGAUAAAGGAUCACAAGGAAUGCCGGGUCCAAGAGGAGACAGAGGGCGCGAAGGAACCCCUGGGAAGAGCGGACCCCGAGGAAUUAAGGGAAUGAAAGGUGAACAGGGACUUCUGGGAAUAAAAGGAGAGGCAGGCAUUGCGGGAACGAAAGGCAAGCAAGGGGCUGUGGGAAUGAAAGGAGUGCGCGGAGCUGUGGGAAUAAAAGGGGAGCGAGGCAUUGCGGGAAUGAAAGGAAGAAAAGGAGACAAAGGAGAGAAAGGAGAAAGCGCUCAAGCAAGUGUAGUACCACAAACCAACUGGAAACAAUGUGUGUGGAAAUCAGCUAGCAGUACUGAUAACGGAAAGAUUAAGGUAAGUAGAAUAAGAAUCAUAACACACUCCUAAGAAAAUUCAUUCCUUUUUAAAUUAAAAUGUUUUAAAGAAGAACGUCUCCCUUCUCACUCACCAUUUUCCAACACAUUACAUAAAUAGCUAAGUUACAUUUCUCUCUUCUUUGGUUCUUUUUGAAGGAAAAAAGGAAAGCCAUCUUGGGUGAUAUAAGGAUUCCUGGUCAUAUGGAUAAGGAUAACGAAAAUUGAAGCUAUUACAGAGUUUUUCAAAAUUAGGAAGUAAUCUUGACUGGAGUUGUUAGUAUCAAUCAUUACACACGGUUGCUUGCAUUACUACAAUAUGUUUGAUUUGUUUGAUUUUGAUUUUUAUUCCAGGACUGUGUGUUUAACAAACUGCAGUCUAAUUCAGCGCUCAGAGUCUCAUUCCAGGGCAACAUGGGGGUCCAAGGUCCUAGACCUCGGUGUAAUCGCUGGUAUUUCAAGUUCAAUGGAAAUGAAUGCAGUGGACCAAUGACGAUUGAGGCUGUUGUUUUCAACUGGUGGCCAAAAUCUGGGGACCCUACUCUGCUGCAUCAUCGGUCAUUUGAGGGGUACUGUGAAAACAUCCCACAAGGCGUUGUUAGAGUGGAAUUAUGGGUAGGACAGUGUACUGGCGUGACCCUGGGUAAUGCUGUAACUGGGUGGAGAUCAGUGUCUCGGAUAAUGAUUGAAGAAGUAUCUAGGCCCCAGUCCUAGUAAGGGGAGUCUUUAACUUUGGCGCCGUUCUAAUUUCCUUAGAAUAGCAUUCUACAAAUAUAGACUGUAAAGCGCAAGGUGCGAAAGUAUUGUUUUUGGUUAUUUUCUUUUUAGCCCUUUGUGAAAUACUUUCGUCGUAUAUCACUGAUUGUCAAUAGUAAACUCUUAUAACAGUAUCAUGAUUUUGUAUUAUCAUGUCGGUCAGUGUUAUAUUAGUCCUGUGCAGCAGCUCUUUGUUUUGUUACGCAGUGCUUCUCUAGCUUUUUGGCGGGGAGGCACCUUUCGUGACGACACAAUAACCGGCUGAGCCCGUAGGGAAUUGCUCUCCGAUGCAGCCGUUUGUCUCAGGGCGGAUAAAGGUUGGGCGGUGAAACGAGCGUUCCGCUCUUCAUUUAAUGUGUGAUGAGGAGUAGGACUGGCACGAGCGCUCUUUCCGCGCUUCCGGUGCGCUUGAAGGCCGGCGAAAUUUUCCUUUUUGGAAACCGGAAAUCCUAUUUUCUUUCUGUAAUUUCAGGCUACAAUGUUAAAUAGAUAAAUUCGUUUCAUAACAAUAUCAACAAACACUUUCAUAUGUUUGUGUCUGUACGUCUAUAAGUCAAACUUGUUGGUCGUAUAAUGCCAAAAUUUGAUUUUUAUUUGAAAGUGUUGAAUACCUCCCCCUUCCACUAAAUAUCACCUAAUCGUCUUUCACCGUUUCGUUUGCAAAAGCUUAACACUUCUUGACCUUAGUUUUUACAUAUGUUAAAGGGGGAUAAAUUUUAUAUAACAUAACAAAAAAUUAGAUUGAUAUAUAUUGAUAUAGUGGCGUUGUACUUCUUCAAACUUUGCUUCUCGGGUGCAACGCGCCAUGGCGAUUCGCGCAAUGCGUUGCAAAUCCGGCAACCGCAUGUAAACAAAAUUUAUUGAGGUUAGUUGUAAGGUUUUUUCUCGGUUUUUCUCUCUAAAACAAAACGAAUCGGGUUACCAUGUAUACCAUCAGAUUGUCGGUCGUUUCCUAAGUCUAUAAUAUGUAGUCAAAGUAGAGGUCGUGAUAUAAUCUUUCAUCUCAACGAUAAAAAAAAUCUGCGGAAGAGAUAACCGUCGCAUUUAAAAUAUUUUCGUCUGGAAAAUCUUUAAUCCAAUCCGGAAGUGAAAACGAUUUAAUUAAAUCAAACGGCACGAUUCCUUUUGUAGCCAAACCGCUUCGAGGCAAGAUCAUUACUAAAAGCGGAUUAGAUUUCGAGGAUUAAAAUCGCACCUUGUACAAUUUAUAUCAAUUAGCUAGGAAGAUGAAUAUGAUGAUAGAAUAACUUGAUAAUCUCUAGCAUACGUGGCAAACGUUCGAAAGGCAGCGGAGGAAGGGAAUGUAAGAGCGAGACCGCGCGCGAGGGAGAAGCGAGGAGAGGAACGCGUUCUCCUUCCCCAUUCCUCGCGCGCCCUUCACGCUUUUCAAGUUCACAAAAUCUCCUUUUCCUUCCCUUUGGAACACCUGGCACGCAGGCUAGAUUAUCUCUCAAACAGUACAAAAUGGAAUGUUUUUAUUCGUAACGUUGAGAUUCUUGUCAAACCUUUGCAUUACCUUCAUAGCAUCUUUGUUUUAUUUCUUGCAUGUCAGUUUAGUUUGCUUCAAUGUGUCAUGCAUUAUGUACAAAUCUUGUCCAUUAUUUUUCUUAACAAACAAGAUUGAACUCCUUAUGUCCGCUCCUUAACAGAGAAAUUCCCGUACAGUCUCACAAUAUUGAUCUAUCCAAUGCAGCUAUUUGUAGCCUUGCCUGUUCGAGUGCAUUUAUGAAGAAUGAAGUAACUUGAAGUUCCCAGAGUUUCUUAACUUAGAAAUCUUUGGAUACCUAAAUCAUCAGUGCUGUAUGGGUAUACCCAGUAGGGGAUACCGUAUGGGUAUACCCGGUAGGGGAUACCGUAUGGGUAUUCCCGGUUCGAUCCCCGUAGAGGAUGCCCAUACAGUAAGUUAUAUCAAGUUAAGUUAUGCCGGACCGUCGCAGCACGAACUUCAAGAGUACAAUUCCUUUUAAUUAGCAAGGCUUUUAUUGCUUUGAACGUUUUUAUUCCAAAGUUUAACUACUUUAUCCUUUUCUGUGUUUUUUUAUGGUUUCCUUAAAAAUACUGACACUUUUGUCUUAGCCUGAUAACAACUGAUCGCCCUUGGAGAGUAUUCUUUUCUAUCAUCCUAACCGAAAAAAAAAGUUUCCUCGAUGUUUCAGCCGAAGGUGAACUAAUAAAAGGUUAGAAUAGCCAAAAAAAAAAAAAAGACUCUGUCCCGGGGCCACACGGACCUCAGGGAAGGGAAGGUGUAAAAGGACAAAUUGGUGAUAAAGGAUCACAAGGAAUGCCGGGUCCAAGAGGAGACAGAGGGCGCGAAGGAACCCCUGGGAAGAGCGGACCCCGAGGAAUUAAGGGAAUGAAAGGUGAACAGGGACUUCUGGGAAUAAAAGGAGAGGCAGGCAUUGCGGGAACGAAAGGCAAGCAAGGGGCUGUGGGAAUGAAAGGAGUGCGCGGAGCUGUGGGAAUAAAAGGGGAGCGAGGCAUUGCGGGAAUGAAAGGAAGAAAAGGAGACAAAGGAGAGAAAGGAGAAAGCGCUCAAGCAAGUGUAGUACCACAAACCAACUGGAAACAAUGUGUGUGGAAAUCAGCUAGCAGUACUGAUAACGGAAAGAUUAAGGUAAGUAGAAUAAGAAUCAUAACACACUCCUAAGAAAAUUCAUUCCUUUUUAAAUUAAAAUGUUUUAAAGAAGAACGUCUCCCUUCUCACUCACCAUUUUCCAACACAUUACAUAAAUAGCUAAGUUACAUUUCUCUCUUCUUUGGUUCUUUUUGAAGGAAAAAAGGAAAGCCAUCUUGGGUGAUAUAAGGAUUCCUGGUCAUAUGGAUAAGGAUAACGAAAAUUGAAGCUAUUACAGAGUUUUUCAAAAUUAGGAAGUAAUCUUGACUGGAGUUGUUAGUAUCAAUCAUUACACACGGUUGCUUGCAUUACUACAAUAUGUUUGAUUUGUUUGAUUUUGAUUUUUAUUCCAGGACUGUGUGUUUAACAAACUGCAGUCUAAUUCAGCGCUCAGAGUCUCAUUCCAGGGCAACAUGGGGGUCCAAGGUCCUAGACCUCGGUGUAAUCGCUGGUAUUUCAAGUUCAAUGGAAAUGAAUGCAGUGGACCAAUGACGAUUGAGGCUGUUGUUUUCAACUGGUGGCCAAAAUCUGGGGACCCUACUCUGCUGCAUCAUCGGUCAUUUGAGGGGUACUGUGAAAACAUCCCACAAGGCGUUGUUAGAGUGGAAUUAUGGGUAGGACAGUGUACUGGCGUGACCCUGGGUAAUGCUGUAACUGGGUGGAGAUCAGUGUCUCGGAUAAUGAUUGAAGAAGUAUCUAGGCCCCAGUCCUAG